CUAAAGUGAAUCGUCGUCUCGUGUAGUGAAAAAAGUGUGAAAUAUUUUUGGAAAAUAAUUUGUAUUUUUAAACUGCUGAAUGAUGCACACUUUGUGCAAAACACUGCUGCUGAUAGCAGCAAUUGGCUGUGCCUCGGCUGCCGUCUCCAGCUAUGAUCGUCAGGCCAAGGCAUUUAUUGAUUUGUCCAGCGAACGCUACUUCAAGCUCUACGAUCAGAUUGCCAACGAAACGUAUUCGGCCAACAAUGAGGAGGACUUUGAGGCGCUCUUCUCCAAGCUCACAAAUGUGAAGCGCAUUGCCGAAGAGCUCGUCGGCAUCUCUCGUGAGGCAAGUGGUUUCAAUUUAACGCGAGUACGUAGCGCAGAACUUAGGGCUGCACUGCAGGAACUGCGCACUGUGGGAGAUUUGUUUGUGCUCGGCGAGGAAUACUUCUCGUCGGUGCAAAUGAAUCUGGCCUCGCUGCAGAAGAUGUCUACCGACAAGGACAUUGAUCCGUAUCUGAAUGGUGCUAAGAUGCCCAACGAGGAUGACAGUCCACUGGCCUAUUACCCGGACAUACAGAAGAUUGUGCAGCGCAGCAGCGAUGUCGAUGAGCUCAAGUACUACUGGGAAACGUGGCGCGAUAAGAAUCAAAUCUGGGCCUCGGUCAACUUCUAUACGAUUGUGCAAUCGUAUCAGAAGGCCGCACAGAUUCUCGAGAUACCGGUGCAUCAGUUGUGGUAUCGCUAUGACAGCCAGGAGAUGCUGCAGCAAAUGGAGCACGCAAUGGUCGAGCUGAAGCCCGCCUAUAAGCAACUGCAUGCCUUUGUGCGUGACGAGCUGCACAAGAAGUAUGGCGGCGAUGUGGUCAAUCCAAAUGGUCCCAUACCCGAUCAUCUGUUCCAGCAGGUUGUGGAGCAGGCCUGGGAGGCAGGCAGCAUCAUUGAAUCCUACUUUCCACGCAAGGAUCUGCCACAGUACGAUGACUUUGUGAAACAGCUCAGCGCCAAGGCGUUGAUCAAUGAGUCCGAGAGCUUCUACACUUCGCUGGGCUUUGAUGCGCUUAGCGCUGACUUCCAUAAGAAUCAACUAAAGGACCCCAAUGAGGAGAGACCCGAUGACGACUGCCGUCCUGCUCUGUUCGAUCUGACGCCCCACGUUUAUAUGAUGUACUGCGAGAAGGUCAGCUUCAGAAAACUGAUGCAGUACCACGCCCACAUGGCUCGCGUCUACUAUGCCGAACAGAAGAAGCGUCUGCCCUCGUACUUUUUCAAGGCAUACAAUCUGGAGUAUCCUGUAGGCGAAGCUGUUGUUCUCUCAGCCUCCUCGCCUACACACUUGACUAACCGAGGAUUGGCCAAAGGAGUGCAAUUCACGGAGAAUUCUCUGCAGAAUCGACUAUUCCGCAUGGCCAUUCACAAUGUGCUCAACAUUCCACUUUACUAUGUGCACACCAAAGUGAUGCACGAUCUGCUAAAUGGCACCGUUGACAUGGAUACCGUGAACAAACACUACUGGAAAUUGCUAGAGCAACAUGCGGGCAUUGAGCCUCCCACAGAUCGCACAGAGGGUGCCAUUGAUUUCCCCUACAAGUUCUAUGUGAAUAUCGAGCAGAAUUUCCAAACCAAAAAAUUCAUUUCGGAAAUUCUGGGCUAUCAAUUGUAUCGCGCACUCUGCCAAAAGAGCAAUCAUCACGGUCAACUCCACAAUUGUGACUUUUAUGGCAACUUUGUUGUGGGCAACAGCCUAAAAUCAAUGAUGUCCUUGGGUUCUACUAAGCCCUGGAAACAAGUUCUUGCCAAAGUUCUGCCCAAGAAUUCAGGCCUCAGUAGCUUGGCUUUAUUGGAAUACUAUCAACCCAUUGUGGAUUGGCUCAAAACGCAUAAUGCGCAGACCAAGGUCAAGAUUGGCUGGAAUGCAACAACUAAAAAAAUUGUUUAAACGCAAAGAAACCAUUUAAUUGUAUCUAUUUAACUUUGCUUAUCAAUAAACUUGACUACAAAGCCGUUCAACCCACAAAUUUAAAA